GCGUUGCGUGAACGUCGUGGUUGUUAUCGCCGUGUCCCCGUCAUCAUCCUCUUCGUUGUCGGUGCGCGCAGUGCGUGUUGUAUUUUGUAUUGCGCGGGCGACGCGCUCGCUCGCGCCGCGACGCGACGCGACGCGACGCGAGGACGUUUACGACGACGGGGCCGUCGAUUCAGUCGGAUGAGCGGUGCCGAACGUUAGUCCCAACUGGCGGCGAGAGAAGAGGUGCACGCGUGAGAAAACGGAGUCUGUGCGUGCAUUUUUCGGUGUCGCGUGGGACGAGGACGAGGCCAUGGACGCGUGGAUGUAUGAUGUGGUCUGCAUGAUGUCUGACGCUACCAUGGAAAGCGUGAUUGGGAAUAACAGGACAAUGCCGAACAUCAAGCAGGAAAUCGAUAACCCAACAACGCCUACGCAAAAUUAUCAAGUGUGUUCGCCAACCACGACUCUUCAGCAUCAGGAGUCAAUAUGCACGAAAUUAGACAUUACGGAUUACGGCGACAGCAACGGUAAUCCCGAGAGUCCGGAGAUGCAUCAUUGUUCUUCGACAACGCAGCCGUUGGGAACUCCAGAGGACGGCAUGAAGGAAGAAGAUCUGUUGCCCAGGAGACUUUGCCUUGUCUGCGGUGACGUUGCGAGUGGUUUCCAUUACGGGGUUGCCUCGUGUGAGGCAUGCAAGGCUUUCUUCAAGAGAACUAUACAAGGAAAUAUCGAGUAUACUUGUCCAGCGAACAGCGAGUGCGAGAUAAACAAACGAAGACGUAAGGCGUGCCAGGCGUGUAGAUUUCAGAAAUGUUUGCGGCAAGGAAUGCUGAAGGAAGGUGUGAGAUUGGAUCGUGUUCGGGGCGGUCGACAAAAGUACAGAAGAUCCACGGAUCCUUAUACUCCGAUCAAGAAUGCCACACUAGAGGCUAACGUAGCCGACGUAGUGUCGGCAGGUUCUACUGAAACGAUAAACAACAAGUUGGUCGAAGCCUUAGCAGCCUGCGAACCGGACAUACUUCAAGUGACCAAUGCCCCGAGUACACAAGAGGCGGAUCAGAGAACUCUCGCACAGCUAUCCGAUCUCUAUGACCGAGAAUUAGUCAGCAUAAUCGGUUGGGCCAAGCAGAUUCCAGGGUUCACCAAUUUAGCGUUGAACGAUCAAAUGCGGCUUCUGCAAACUACUUGGGCUGAGGUAUUAACUUUUACCCUAGCAUGGAGAAGUACGCCUAACAAUGGCAGAUUGAGGUUUGCGCAAGAUUUUACAUUGGACGAACGACUCGCGCGUGAAUGCCAUUGUACGGAACUCUAUACGCACUGUAUGCAAAUCGUCGAGAGAAUCCAGCGGUUAGGUUUAACAAGAGAAGAAUACUAUGUGCUGAAAGCAUUGAUCCUAGCGAAUAGUGACGCUAGGUCUGACGAACCUCAGGCGCUGUACCGUUUCCGAGAUUCGAUAUUGAAUUCCUUGUCGGAUUGUGUGGCGGCGGUGAGACCGGGUCAAGCACUCCGAGCCACGCAAAACAUGCUACUAGUACUGCCCAGUCUCAGACAAGCCGAUGGAGUCAUUAGACGUUUUUGGUCCAAUGUGUAUAGAAUAGGCAAAGUACCAAUGAACAAGCUUUUCGAAGAGAUGUUGGAGAACGUUUGUUAUCGAUGAGAUACACUUGAUCAUCUCAAAUUUGAUAACUCGAUCGCCCAUUAUCAGGAUCAUACCGUUUUUUAUUGUAAGCUGAUGAUGUUCACUAUCAUCGUGAUUGUAUAUUAUUGUACAUCAUUAUUUCGGGCACGUUUUUCGAUGUGUCGUUACGUUAUCAAAGACACCAGUGAGUGUUAGUGCGUGGGAGAAAUGGAGUUAUCGAUCUUUUUUAUUUUCUAAUGAACUCGUGAAUUUUUAUUCUUUUUUUCUUUCUUUUUGCGUGCAAGAAGGACGUUGAAAGUGUAAGUUCGGACAGUUUCUCCAUCGUUCGUUGUGAUUCACAAAUCGUUCUAAAUGGCAGACAUGUGUAGUCUUCGUUCGAAGUAUCUAAACUUUCCUUGUCGAGUACCCCAUUUACAGGUACAGGAAGAGAAUAUGAAAGAAAUAUAAAAGAAGGAAAGAAAGAAAAAAAGAAGGAAAAAUGUAAUUUUUAUGUUGGAACAUAACAGUACAAGAUGCGAGAAGACUUUCAGAGUACUCAUUUUAGGAUAGGUGUAUGUGGAAGCCAAUCGAUGGCUUUAUUACCAAAUAAAGUGUUUCCGUUCGAUCAUCAUGAUCGUAACACUGAAUAUAGUAAUUAUAAGAUAAGAUGUAAUAACUGUGGGUGUUUAACAUCGUAGCCAUGAUAUCAUUGAUAUUAAGAAUCAGCAAUCAAAAUUACUGUUGUUGAAUGGCAUUUUCUCUAUUCUCUUAAUCAUUGUUUAUUUUUAUAUUUUUUUUUGUUUUAUUCACUGUGUAUCUUAACAAGAGCGAUUGAGAUCAUCUCCCGUGCGUUACAUAAAUAUAUAUGUAAACAUAUUGCCUCUUUUGCAUUAACCCUUGUAAUUAUAAUAGCUUAAAUGUGAAAAGAAAUCGAAUCAUGUUAAUCGAUCUAUUUGUGAUAGCUGUAUUGAACAUCCAUAGUUAUAGCGAUGUAGAGAAAGAUAUCUUUGUAUAUUAUCUUAGAAUAUAUCUUUGUACAAUAUAAACGAGAGAUCAAGUUAAAAUAGGUGCAAGAAGGCGAACGGAAGAAAGAUAGCGGGUAGAAUGUCUAAAUUGUUUCUCAAUUGGAGACAUGCUGUUUCUACGCAGAAAAUUGGGAUUUUGUAUUUGAAAUAUAUUUUAAGAAUUAUCGGCUAGAUAAUUGCCAUAUUAUCAUGCUUUUGUUGGCGAUAGAAGUAUUUAUCCGGUUGUUAAAACGAUCGUGUUAUGUUAUGCUCGUGCCACAUAAGAGAAGAAACAGAAAAAUAUAUUAUUGCUAAUAUAUAAUUAUUAAUAUUAUUUUUAUAACACA